AUGGACGCGUUCCACACUGGUUUGCUGUUUGCUGCACUCAGCGCCGUGUUCAAUGGCUCUUUCGGCGUGCUCACCAAGCUGCCCAAGGCGCGGACGGUGCCGCCCUUGAUCAUGAACUACUGGAUGGCCCAAGGCGUCGGCCUGUCCGGCAUCCUGCUGCUGGCGGUGCCGCCUCGGGUCUUCUCCUGGUGGGGCCUGCUCAGCGGCGCGCUGUUUGUCGGCUCUGCUGCCAAUGCCGUUACCGCCAUAGCCCUCAUUGGCGUCUCGGCGGCCACCGGCGUGUGGUGCGGAGUGGCCGUCGUCGUGUCGUUUGCGUGGGGCGUGCUGGUGGCUGGCGACGAGGUGGCGCACAUGGGGCGCGCGCUGGCGGCGCUGGCGCUCAUCCUGGCCGGCAUCGCUGGAGUCGCGGUGGCGGCAUGGGUGGGCGGGGGCGAGGCAGACGGAGGCGAUGCCAGAGAGAGGGCGGAGGGCAUGGGAGAAAACCUGCUGGAGGGCGGCGAGGCGACGGUGGCAGUGUUUCCUGUGGUGGAGGAGCCGUGGCCGGAGCAGCUGCCCCCCACCACCCGGGCGCUGCUGGGCCUGGGGGCGGCUGUGCUGGCGGGAUGCAUCGGAGGCCUCAUCUUGGCGCCCAUGCUGGCGGCGCCGCCCGAGGCGCGGGGCGUGCAGUUUGUGCCCAGCCUGGCCCUGGGGGCGCUGCUGGUGGCGCCGCUCUACACCUCCAUCCUCACCGCCACCCAGCACAUCACCUUCACGCAGGCAGGCACUGCCACAAGCAGCCGCGCCGCGGGCCCCGGCCUGGCGGCGGGAGCCGUGUGGAAUGCCGGCAACACGUGCUGCAUCGCCGCCGUGACCAAUCCGCAGGUCGGGCUGGCGGUCGCCAUGCCCGUCAUGCAGGCGGGGCUGUUUGUGGCGGGGCUGUGGGGCAUCUGCCUGUACCGAGAGAUCAGGGGGGCGCGGGCGCUGGCCGCCUACUGGUGCUCCGGCGCGGUGCUGGUGCUGGGCGUGGCGCUGCUGGCAGCAGCCAAGCGCGGCUGA